AUGGCGACUGCGAAUUGUCGGAGCUUUUACAAAGCGGUUUUCAUUUUGCCAAGGUUUUCCAACAAGCUUUCAUCAUCUGCAUUUAACUUUGGCGUUGCCUUUCGUUCCUAUGCUAACUACGGUAACAUUCGGCGUGUGAGCAAAGUUGUUGAACGGAAAACCCUUAAAGAGUUUCUCACAUCCCCUGCUACCGAAACACCUUUUGCGCUAGGACGAUUGUUUGCAGCCGGGGGUGCCGCCGUCGGACUGGGUGCCCUUUGCUUUUACGGACUCGGACUUUCAAACCAAGUUGGCACGCUAUGGCCACAAUACGUUCGAGAGCGUAUUCACAGCACGUACGAAUUUCUAGGCGGAAGCUUAGUGCUGACAGCAGCUUCUGCAGUCGCCAUAGCAAAGAACAAAACAAUGAUGGCGUUCCUAACCCGAAACUCUUUUCUGACAAUGGCGGGAACGAUUGCGGCUAUGAUUGGCACUACAGUGGCAUGUCAGUCGAUUGCUUAUGAACCCGGAAAGAUAGGAGCGAAACAGCUUUUCUGGGCGUUGAACUGCGGCGUGAUUGGUGCUGUAAUCGCCCCUUUAACAUUUCUUGGGGGUCCUCUUAUGCUGCGAGCUCUCUGCUACACUGGUGGCAUCGUUGGAGGAUUAUCGGCUGUUGCUGUUUGUGCUCCAAGUGACAGAUUCUUGAAUAUGGGUGGUGCACUGGGAAUUGGUCUGGGUGUGGUCUUCGUUUCUUGUCUGGGUACGUUCUUCUUGCCACCUACAACGAUGCUUGGUGCAGGACUGUAUUCCGUUGCGACCUAUGGAGGUCUUGUCCUCUUUUCUGGUUUUUUGCUCUACGACACACAGAGAGUCGUAAAAGUCGCUGAAUUGUAUCCAUAUUAUGCCAUUACGCCUUUCGAUCCUAUCAAUGCGCAACUUGGUAUCUAUAUGGAUAUCAUAAAUAUCUUCAUACGAAUGGUAAUGAUCCUUGGCGGUGGAGGUGGAACUCGUAGGCGUUAA